AUGUUCAAUAAGUUUUUCAAGAGAGUUGUAGAGCAGAUAUCCAAGGCUUCGAAGUUCACUCCCGAGGAGGUAGAGAGGUGUAUGGAGAAGUCCUUCCAGCCAAAGAAGCCUAACGUGACUCUUUUUCUUAUCAAGAUAUCGUCAACUCCGCAAGAGGAUGCCAAGGAGUUAUACGAGGCACUUUCCAGGGCAGAUAUCGAACUGUUCGAAAACAUAUCAAUAAGAGGAUCUUCUGUCUGCUUUGAUAUAAACAAAAAGGUAAUAUUGAGGGAUGUGCUUGGGCACAUCCAAAAAAACAGGGAGACGUUUGGAAACAACGACAUCGGAAAGGGCAAGCGCAUGGUUGUGGACUAUAGCAGCCCUAACAUUGCAAAGAUUUUCCACGUGGGGCAUCUUAGAACAACGAUAUUGGGACAGUUCAUUGUGAAUCUGCUAAGGGCUUCAGGGUACGAGACCAUAAGUAUAAACUACUUUGGAGACUGGGGAAAACAGUUUGGAUUUGUCUUACUUGGAUACAGCAAGUACGGAGACGAGAAGGAGUUGGAAAAAGACCCCCUCAAGCAUCUGCUCAACGUUUAUGUGAAGAUAAGCAGUGAUGCAAAAGAAAAUCCGGAUGUUGACGCGGAGGCAAGAGAUCUUUUCAGGAAGAUGGAGGAGGAGAAGGACGAGUGGUGCAUGGGCCUCUGGAAGAAGUUCCGAGACCUAAGCAUUGAGAAAUACAAGACUCUCUACGAAAGAUUGAACGUGAGGUUCGAUGUCUACUCUGGUGAAAGCAUGUACAAUGAAAAGGGAAAGAAGAUAAUUGAGACGUCCGAGCUGGUGAAGACGGAUGAGGACGGGUCCAAAGUUUUCGACCUUGGAAAGAAGAGAAAGGUACUUGUGAUGAAGAAUGAUGGAACGACGCUCUACAUAACGAGAGACAUUGCGGCUGCGAUUGAAAGGAUUGAAGAAUACUCUCCAGAAAAGGUUAUUUAUGUUGUGUCUACCGAGCAGAAUAAGCACUUCGAAGAUCUCUUCAAAAUACUUGGAGUGCUUGGAUACGAUGAAAGCAAGUUUCUACAUGUGGGCUACGGGCUGGUUGCCGGGAUGUCGACAAGAGCAGGAAAGGUCCAGUUUCUUGAGGAUAUAAUUCGGGAAUCAACAGAGGUAAUGAAAAAAGUGAUGAUGUCGGAUACUAACAAAAGUUCCUUCACGAUGGACGAAAUGGACAAAACUGCGGAGAUUCUUGCUAUAUCAACACUACUUGUUAUGGACUUCACUGCUCGAAGGGUCAAGGGAUACGAGUUUGACAUUGAGAAAAGAGCCAGAAACACCUCUGGGACAGGGCCAUAUUUACAGUAUGCCCAUUGCAGGCUGAAGAGUAUCGAGACUAGAAACAGUGGGGUUGAUUAUAGUGAUAUAAGUACAAUCGAUUUUUCACUCAUACAUGCUCCAGAAGUCACCAGCCUUGUCUACAAGCUUCUAUGGUUUGAGCAUGUUGUGGAAAAGUGCCUGGAAGACUACGAGCCUUCAAGAAUUGUUACAUAUCUACAGGAUCUUGCUAGUUCCAUCAAUGCUGCAAUAAAUAACUUGAAGGUUCUUGGCGUGGAGGAGGAACUUGCCAGGGCCAGGCUCCUUGUUCUGUCUUCUGCCAGGAUUGUUCUUCACAACGGACUGAAGAUUCUCGGCGCUACUCCUCUGAAUAAAAUGUGA